GUUUGUCCUGUCGCUUCCUGUUGUGGAAGCGAAGGCGCGAGAUCUCGAGUUGAAACGGCAGCGUUAAUCUCAUCAGAAAACGGAUCAUGUGUUCUCUGAGUCUGUUUCCGUCACCGCGCACUAUUGGUGCGACUCUGUACGAACACAACAACGAGCUGCUGCAGGGACACAACAAACAGCUGUAUGAUCUGCCCAGUCCUGAGUUCAGCAGAGAUGUUCUGAAGGGUCACAGUCGUCCGGAGAGCUGCAGCAGUAAAUCCGCUUUUCUGGACCAGACAGACACGCUGUGGAUGAGGAGCGCUGGAGCCUGGCGUGAUGUUGGUCUUCACGGUCUUCUGGAUGAAAUCACAAACAGUGCUGAGGAGGUGCCCAGGUGGUUAGCUGUGAGCUCGGGGUGUCUGUUGGCUCUGCUGCGGUGGGCGUCUUCAUUUCACGGUUCACUCUUUCCACAUCUGACUCUGAGUGGAGAUGAGAUGGUGGCCGAGUUUUCACAGAUGUUGGACUGGUCUGACAGCGCUAUAAGAAGCUUCGCUUGGCAUGCUCACACUGACAAGUUUGCCGUGGCUCUACAGGACGACUCCAUCAAAAUCUACAAGUCUAACAGUUCCCUGAGCCCCACGCUGAAGCACCGGUGUCAGAGGUCAGUGUGUGACCUGCAGUGGAAACCUCUGUGUGGAUCAGUGCUGGCGGUGGCCUGUCAGAGCUGUCUGCUCAUAUGGCACGUGGAUCCCACCUCUCUCUCCACCAGGCCGUCGUCCGGCUGCGCUCAGGUCCUGUCUCAUCCGGGUCACUCCCCCAUCACGUCCAUCUCCUGGUCUCCCACUGGAUCUCUGCUGGUGUCUGCGUCACCUGUCGAUACUGCCAUGAUGGUGUGGGAUGUGGCAGCAGAAGGUUGUGUGCCUUUACAGCGAGUUGGUGGAGGAGGCGUCACGUACCUGUCCUGGUCUCCAGAUGGCAGUCGGCUGCUGGCCGCCACACCUUCAGCGCUCUUCAGGGUGUGGGAGACGCGCAUGUGGACUUGUGAGAGGUGGCCGUGUGUUAAAGGCAGCUGUCAGUCGGGCUGCUGGAGUCCAGACGGCAGCUGUUUGUUGUUCAGUAUUCAGGGCGAGAGACUCGUCUACGCUCUCACCUUCUCUGAUCUCACAGGAGGUCCUAAAGCUGCGACUGUAGUGGCUGAUCUGUCAGAGACCAGCUUCACUGGACCUGAUGGAGACAUCACUGUUGGUGGUGAGGUGCGCUCUCUUGCGUGGGAUCCUCGAGGGGAAAGACUGGCUGUGCUUCUCAAAGGUGAUUCUCAGGCCGUCAGUCACCCGUCUGUCAUCGCGGUGUUUAAAACACGCUCCAGUCCAGUUCUUGAGCUGCUGCCAUGUGGUUUUGUGAUGGGAGAAGACGGAACAGAACCCAGAUUCAUGCAGUUUCAUCCUCACUUUCAACACGGUGCUCUCCUCACUGUGUGCUGGUCUGAUGGACACAUCUCUCAUCUGCCGUUCUACUUCAGCAGCGCUGGACCUUCAGCAGGAGCCUCACAGCAGCCCAGCACAGACCACUCCACAAACAAACUCUACACUCAACACGCCUUGUGAACACCACACAUGACCUGUGCUCAACACAACUCAUGAACACCACACCUGACCUGUGCUCAACACAACUCAUGAACACCACACAUGACCUGUGAUCAACACAACUCAUGAACACCACACAUGACCUGUACUCAACAAAACUCAUGAACACCACACAUGACCUGUGCUCAACACACCUGACCUGUGCUCAACACAACUCAUGAACGCCACACAUGACCUGUACUCAACAAAACUCAUCAACACCACACAUGACCUGUGCUCAACACACCUGACCUGUGCUCAACACAACUCAUGAACACCACACAUGACCUGUGAUCAACACAACUCAUGAACACCACACAUGACCUGUGCUCAACACAACUCAUGAACACCACACCUGACCUGUGAUCAACACAACUCAUGAACACCACACAUGACCUGUACUCAACAAAACUCAUGAACACCACACAUGACCUGUGCUCAACACACCUGACCUGUGCUCAACACACCUGACCUGUGCUCAACACAACUCAUGAACGCCACACAUGACCUGUACUCAACAAAACUCAUGAACACCACACAUGACCUGUGCUCAACACACCUGACCUGUGCUCAACAAAACUCAUGAACACCACACAUGACCUGUGCUCAACACAACUCAUGAACGCCACACAUGACCUGUACUCAACAAAACUCAUGAACACCACACAUGACCUGUGCUCAACACAACUCAUGAACGCCACACAUGACCUGUGCUCAACACAACUCAUGAACGCCACACAUGACCUGUACUCAACAAAACUCAUGAACACCACACCUGACCUGUGCUCAACACACCUGACCUGUACUCAACAAAACUCAUGAACACCACACCUGACCUGUACUCAACACAACUCAUGAACACCACACCUGACCUGUGCUCAACACAUCUCAUGACCACCACACCUGACCUGUGCUCGACACACCUGACCUGUGCUCAACACAACUCAUGAACACCACACCUGACCUGUGCUCAACACAACUCAUGAACACCACACCUGACCUGUGCUCAACACAUCUCAUGAACACCACACCUGACCUGUGCUCACCACACCUGACCUGUGCUCAACACAACUCAUGAACACCACACCUGACCUGUGCUCAACAAAACUCAUGAACACCACACAUGACCUGUGCUCAACACACAUGACCUGUGCUCAACACACCUGACCUGUGCUCAACACAUCUCAUGAACACAUCUGAACCUCUGAACUUAAUAAACCAGUGCACCUCGCUUUGGUCCACUCACUCUACCUGUAACCUUCACAAUCAGAAAAAUAAAGCGUUUGUAAGAAGUAAA